CCCCCUCUUGGUCCUUUCCUUUCCAUUGCACCAUCACCUCUAAUUAGUUUUAUUUUUUUAUUUUCAUUUGCGUCCCUCUAGCAAGCAUUCUUUGUUAAAAUGGAGAGAAACCCCAUGCGUAGGCAGCUUGCAAUCAUGAGGCAAUCCCUGUUUGAUCAGGGACAUGUUGAUGAACAAUUCGUGCAGUUGGAGGAACUCCAAGAUGAUGCCAACCCCAAUUUCGUAGAAGAAGUUGUCACCUUAUACUACCGUGAUUCAGCCAGAAUAAUCCUUAAUAUAGAACAGGCACUGGAGAGGAAGCCUUUUGAUUUUAGAAAAUUGGAUGCCUAUAUGCAUCAGUUCAAAGGAAGCAGUUCAAGCAUUGGAGCCAAAAAGGUGAAAGCUGAGAGCACACUGUUUAGGGAAUAUUGCAAGUCUGGAAAUGGAGAAGGAUGCAUGAGGAGUUUCCAACAACUGAAGAAAGAAUAUGCAACAUUGAGAAAGAAGCUUGGAACUUAUUUUCAGCUGGCAAGACAAGCUGGGCCGGUGGAGACCGCAAGUCGCCCCAAAUAAGAAAGAGCUGGAGAUAUAUGAUCCAUGCAGAAUUAAGUAACUGCAUUAAUAUGGUAAGAAAUAUAUACAUACAUGUAUGUAUAUGUAUGUAUGUUAUUGGGGUUGGUGAAUUUGUCAUCUGUUUGUAUCCCAAUAUUCACCUCCUUAGCGUUGUAGGCCUCUUAGAGUUUGCUUGUAAGCUAUGUAUUGGAGUGAGCUUCUUCAAUGGAAUGCUUUUGUCUCAUCGUUGUACCAAUCAAUUACUAUAGGUACUUUGGUAUCCAUUUUAACUGAAA